CUUUCUUGCAUGCACCAUGGAUCGGCACCUAAAUAUUUCCGCAUAAUGAAAGCUCAAAAAUAGCAGUCACUUACUUCGUAAGACUUGCCAUGCCUGAAAGAAGGGCUCCAUCAACGCAUGCUUUCCGUAUGACAGAUCCAAGAACUUGGUCAGUGGACCAAGUCUGCGAUUGGGCACAGAAAACCUUCAGCGAUAAUAUUGCCCGCCUAAUUCGAGAUCAUCAUAUCGAUGGGAAGACUCUUGUACAUAACGUGCUACAUAACCCUCCGUGGUUGUCUCUUACGCUCAAUAUUAAGGACAAGGCUCUUCGAAAGCGGAUACGGACUAGGUUAAGAAGAUUAAAGGACAAGUGGCCGGAUAAUGACGCUACCGCAGCUGUCAACACCGAAAAUAUUACGCCACACAAAAGUACACAUCCAGCUCCCAGUAAUCCCUCGUCUUCCGUAAAACCGUCAGCAAUGGAAUCGUUUUCUCACGAUAGAACAGAAAAGAAAACUGAUCCGCCAUCCAGGAGACACCAUUCUACGGCAUCGGCUGAAACUUCUUCGCAUCAUCAUACGGAAACAAGUACAAAAAGUACCCAUGCGUCAUCCAGUACAUCAUCUUCUACUUCAAAAAAACUGUCUAAACGACCUUCAUCUCAUGCGGAAUCUUCUUCGCCUCGUGUGGAAACAAGUAAAAAAAGUACCCAUACAUCAUCCAGUGCAUCCUCUUCUACUUCAAAAAAACUGUCCAAACGAUCUUCAUCUCACGCUGAAACGAGAAAGACGGUGGACCAUCCGCACGCUCGAUCUUCAAAAAAUGUCAGCAGGCCGACAGUUACAGAGUAUAUCACUCCUUUUUCGAAUCCUCAUCCCUACGAAUCAAGAGGCAAGAAUCGAUCCAAUUCACCAUCAAGAUCGCAUGCAAACGACGGCAGCAAAUCACCAACAUAUACCUCGAAGCUGUCUUUGGUGAACGACGUAGCUUCACACAACGUCAUCAGCCCAGCACCAGCCUCGGAUUCUAGUAAAAAGCCUGUGUUCAAUGUCGAAACCAGCAGAGCCGCACACCAGCUCUCGCUUCCUGUUACAGAUAACAAUACAUUAGCAACGACCGAGUUCCGAAAAGGGAAGUUGGGAAGACCAAUUGACCCACCUCCUCUACAAUCGUCAACCUCCCACCUCCCUACUUCUUCGACACCCUCCAAAGAACCAGUGACAAAACCUGAUGCGAUGCUGCAUAUCCAGAUGGUGGAAGGCGAGUUCCGAAAAGGGAAAUUGGGAAAACCAAUUGAACCCCCUCCUUUACAAUCGUCAACCUCCCACCUCACUACUUCUUCGACACCCUCCAAAGAACCGGUGAUAAAACCUGAUGCGGUGCUGAAUAUUCAGACGGUGGAAGGCGAGUUCCGGAAAAGAAAGAUUGGAAAACCAAUUGAGCCACCCCCAUCACGACAGCCAGUGCUGCACGACACUAGCUCUCGGAUUCAAGCUAAAGAAGCGGCAACAGAAAGUAGCACGACCUCGAAAGUCCAGACGGUGCAAGGCGAGUUCCGAAAAAGAAAGAUUGGAAAACCAAUUGAGCCACCCCCAUCACGACCACCAGUUCUGCACGACAAUAGCUCUCGGAUUCCCGCUAAAGAAGCAACAGAAAGUGAUGCCUCAACAAAAGCCCAGAUGGUGAAACGGGAAAGCGAAAAAGUGCACAGGCAAGACGCAGGGGUAAAUGAAUCUUCGGCGAUCUGGAUUGAUGACGAAAUUGAGGAAAGGAACGUGCAGGAGAUUGUGGAUGAUACCCUUCAAGUCGAAGAUAUAGACUUUACUACGCCAGUUAUCGCGACCAACGCAAACCUACCUGCAUUCACAGACGAGAAUGUUACCAUAACGAAAAUCCAUAGUCCACCUAUCGACAAGAGGGAAUCCGAGGCGGCCAAGGAUUAUUUAGAGUUCGACGAGUUGCACGCGGAAUCGCCUUUAAACUAUUUAUCAUUUGACAAUUAUCGAUAUCGGUUGGACACUCGUGGUACUAAACGCCGUCGACCCCUGCUCUUAUACGACGAUGAGAAUCCCUCCGAUCAAAGAGGGUUGAUCGAAAUCUCUGUACCUUGGCCCACAUCUCUGAAACCCACUGCCGCCACACAACGUCUACCGACCAUAAAUGAUGCACCAGUUCCAUCGCCCGAAAGUCACGAGAAUAAAAGGAUGAGGACGAGGCGGUAGAGUUAUUAUCUCCAAAAUUGCGAUUGAGUGACAUGGCAUCGAAGCCGCAACCCGAACCAGAAAAUGAACCUGAUCCCUGCCCGAUCAAUCUAUAUGAACUUUUGCCUGAACGUAUCGCCUAUAUUCAUCCUCAGUUGGUCAAGAAGAUGAAACCGCAUCAGGUGAGCAACAGAGUAGGUAACUCGAUGGGAUUUUGAAACUGAUUGUAGAUC